AUGGAAUUACCUACCACAGGGAGUAGAUUCACAUGGAAUGAUAGACAGAGAGGAAAUAGAGUGUACUCUAAAAUUGACUGGGUGUUCAUCAAUAAUGAUUGGCUGAACCAAAUGCCUGCAUAUGGAGCUAGAUAUCUACCAGAGGGCAUAAGCGAUCAUUGCCCAAUUAAGGUAGAACAAUUACACACAAAACAAAAUACAAGCAGACCUUUCAGAUACUGCAAUAUAUGGGCAAGCCAUCUAGAUUUCUUGGAGAAAGUUGAGACAGCAUGGCAACUGCAGGGAUAUCCUAGCAGAAGUAGAGGAGGACAGAACACAGUUAGAGCAGAUACAAAGAGAGUUACACAUAACCCCCAUAGAUCAGGAUCUAUAGAGAAAGGAAAGAGCAUAAUACCAGAAGUUCAGAAGGUCUUCCUACAUGGCAGAAAGCUUCCUGCAGCAAUGAAGCAAAGCAACAUGGAUAAGGAUUGGAGAUGA